AUGUCUUCACCAUAUACUAAUAUGAAUGUUCGUAAUGGUGCACACGAUAUGAUGAAUCCAAGAGGUGUGAUGGUUCCGCCACCAGGUGUGAUGGUACCACCGCCAGGAUCACAACCACCGAUGAAUAGAUUCCCGAGUAAUGCUGCCGGUGCCGGUGGUAUACCAUCGAGACCACCCGGAUCGAUGGGAUCGAUGGUUGGCAUGGGCAUGCCGAAUCCAAACAUUGGACCACCACCCUCACUCUCUUCGAUGGGCGGUCCUCCACCACAGAUGAACAUGGCAUCGAUGAUGAACGCAAUGUCCAACAUGAACUUGGUUGGACAACAACCACCACCACAAUCGGUUGUUGGCGGUGGAAAUGUAGUUGGCGGUGGUGUCGGUGUUGGUUCUGGCAAUGGAAUGCUGCCGCAACAACUGAGAACUUCCGUUGGUAGUAUAUUGACAUCACAACAACAGCAGCAGCAACAACAACAACAACAGCCUCUGUCACAAGUAGGUGGAGGUAGAAGUGUAACUCCACAGCAGCAGCAGCAACAACAACAACAACAACAAAACAAUCGUAUUGGUGGAGGAAUCAACGGUGUAAAUAGUCAACAACAAUCUGCAGCUCAACAGCAACAACAGUCGAAUCUCAAUACAAUGUCUUCACAUCUGAGUUCUCUACAGAGACCAGGACCUGGUAUGCCACAACCACAACCACAGCAACAACAAUCAUUUAAUCCACAGACAUUCGCAUCUCAAGUUAUACAACAACAACAACAACAACAGCAACAACAACAACAACAAAAAGGUGUUGUUGGAGGUAUGCAGCCAAAUUCUCAACAACCGAAACUAGAGGAUCUCUACGAUAAUCUGAAUGAUUUCCCAGCACUUGGAGGAUCAGGUAAAAUGCCAAAGAUGACACAUCAACAACAACAGCAACUACAUCAACAACAGCAACAACAACUUCAACAACAAAUACAACAGCAACAACAGGAUGAUCAAGAUAUAUAUUCAUCACAAUACCAACAAUCUAAACAACAACAACAACAACAACAGCAACAACAACAACAACAACAAAUUCAACAAAGAACUUCACAAAAGGAUGAUAAAUUACUAAAAGAUCCAAAUCACAAAUAUGGAUUAUUAGGAUUAUUAAACAUUAUUAAAACACAAGAUGUAGAUGUUAGUACUCUUACAAUUGGAAUCGAUUUAACAUGUUUAGGUCUAAAUCUUAAUUCUGCUGGUGAUUUGAGUACACAAUUUGGAUCACCUUGGUACGAUACAAACAUUCAGAGAAAACCAGAGUACUAUCUACCAGCGUGUUACUCAACACCAGGACUGGAAUCACCAGCGUUCAAAAUGAGUCUGUUCACAUACGAGACACUAUUUUAUAUCUUUUACUCGAUGCCAAAGGAUAUAUUACAGAUACACGCCGCAUUGGAGCUGUACGAUCGUGAAUGGCGCUAUCACAAGGAAGGCAAGAUAUGGUUGACAAAAGCACCGAACACUGAGUCCACCGUUACACAAGCCUACGAAAUCGGAUCGUUCAUCUUCUUUGACGUCACCAUCUGGGAGACCGUAAGGAGAGACAACUUUGUGCUUCCACACGACGUACUCGAGACAAGAGAAUGUCUAGUAAUGUCACUGAAAGAUAAUUAA